AUGUCCGCCGACAAGGAAUUCACCUACUCCGACGUCUCGGAGCACGCCUCCAAGAAGGACCUGUACAUUGUCGUCCACGACAAGGUCUACAACUGCACCAGCUUCGUCGACGAGCACCCCGGUGGUGAGGAGGUCCUGCUGGACGUCGGCGGUCAGGAUUCGACGGAGGCCUUCGAGGAUGUCGGCCACAGCGACGAGGCGCGCGAGAUCCUGGAGGGCCUGCUCGUCGGCAAGCUGAAGAGACAGCCUGGCGACCCGGAGCCCAAGUCUCACUCGUCGCCGUCGUCCGGAGGCAACUCCCCCGACGCGGCCGGCUUCGGCAUCGGCCUGUACGCCGUUCUCCUGGUCGGCGGCGCCCUCGCCUUCGCCGCCUACCAGUACCUCCAGGCCAACGCCGAGAAGCAGCAGUAG